AUGGAAUCAACAUUCAGGAAUUUGGAUCGCACAAUUGAAAGUCAGCCGAUGCCCGCAGAGUUCAAGGAUACAAAAGGCCUUGUCUACUGUAACGAUUGCGGCUCGAAGUCGGUUGUCAAGUACCACUGGUUGGGCUUGAAAUGUGACUUAUGCGAGUCCUAUAAUACGGCGCAAUUACGAAUUUUGCAAGGAAACAUCUCGACUCAACUGGAAGAAGAUGCACAAGACACCAUCCCUCGUCCUCGAUCACCUUCACUUAUCGAGAAUGAUGAAUCGAUGUCGUCUUCACUGGCAGCACUGAAUGUCAACAACGCCUCAGUUCCUCGCUCAAGACUCAGCAUCCCUAACACGGCCGAAGACAGGCAAUUUGCAUCAUACAAUAUGACAAGGGGCCGCGCCGUCUCUCCAGUCGUUAGUAAUUACUUCGGGCUACCAAGCGAGCGUGAAUCCGAUAAACCCUCAUCGAUGCCUUUCUUUGGAAGUCAAUCUCGAGGUGUGAACGAGGCCGACUAUGGUGCAUUGAAUUUCUUGAGCAAGAAGCUUACAUAUCCAUAUGGGCUGUUUGGUGGCGAGACAAAAGCAACCGAUACCAUAUCCGAAGCUGGAAAUGAUGAGGACGAUGGGGAAUCUUCGGAUUCUGCUGAAUCUGCUGGCUCGCAUGGCAAUGAAGAAGACGAGGAGGAAGAUAAUGACCACAUUGACAUUUUUGGUCAUCGAUAA